CUCAUUAAUGACCAACAUAGGCGAGUCGGAGCGUUGAAACAAUGGGUCCAAGAUUGCCAAAGGCAAUGUGAGGCCAUGUUAUCGAGACAUCACCUCCAAGAAUUGAUUCACCAUACUGAGACGGUGGAGAAGAAAACGAGACAAGAAACAGCAACACGUCUCAGUCACAAGAUGAACGCAUUACGUAAGUUAAAAUAUAGUAACAGCUAUAUGGGUGGACUGGUCUGUAACCUCUCUUCUAAAAUACUUACCCAUUCACAACUCACCUUGCUGCAGCGUGAUAUAGGCCAUAACCUGAUGGACGCUAGUGCUUUAGAUUUCAUAGCGGCCCUAGAGCCAGCUAUGUAUAACAUAGGGGGGGAUGAAGAUACUAAGAGUUCGAUAAGGCAACAGGUCACUGGGCUGCUUACAAGCCAUAGAUACCAUCACGUGCUAUCUAGGGAUGAAACCCAAGCCCUUCGGCAACUUAAAAGAGAUGAUAGCAUUGUUAUACUCCCAGCAGAUAAAGGGAGGAUGACCGUUGUCAUGGACAAGACGCUGUAUACUACCAAGGCGCUCAAACUCCUCAAUGAUAGAACAGCCUAUAGGAUAGUUGAGAAGGAUCCCUCAGUUACCCUUAGGAAUAAAAUCAACAAACUGCUUAAUAAUCUUAAACGCAGUAAGAAAAUCAGAGAUGAUACCCUAAAGAAGAUACGCCCCCGUGACACGGCGCUCGCUAGAUUUUACGGGCUCCCAAAAAUCCACAAGGAAGGCACCCCACUUCGCCCUAUCGUGUCAUUUAUAGGUGCCCCUACAUCGGGAUUAGCGAAAACUAUGGUGGUGGUAGUUGUGGUGGUGGAGGUAAAGGUGGUGAUGGUGAUGGUGACGAUGAUGACGGUGGUGGUGGUGGUGGUGAUGGUGGUGGUGGUGGUGAUUGAAGAGUAUGAAAGGGAUAUUGCUGGAAAUAUUGGCAUCUACAGGAACCAUGGUAGAGAUCUAUAA